AUGAGGCAGCUGCCAAAACGAAAUGGCUCUGGAGAGCACAGCAGUACUCGUACAAGUAAUCCUCCUUCUGGCCACCUCGAAUUGCAGCCUGAUGUCCCUGUCAAGCUGCAGCAGAACAAAAGAGUUCUGGUGGCAAUGGAGCGCAGCCCCUCAGAGUUGACUGUCAUGUCCGCUUUGUCAGACGGGGUCCAGAACCAAGAGAACUUGGCCCGCUCGGAGCUUUGGAUUGCACCUUCCCCUAUCCAGUUCGCACGUGCUCCCAUCUUCAGAGAGCCUGCGACAUCCGACCCGAGGUGUGCUUCAAGCUUACCAAUGUGCCAGGCCUCCAGCACGGCGCGCAAGUUCAAGACGGAAAUGGGAGAACAUUCUCAGUUGUCGGCGCAGCUUAUCAUCGUGGUCGUCCACGGAUCGCAAACAACGGCCACCUUGUAG